AGGCAGGACAGGAGGGAGGGAAACUGGAGGUGCGGCGGACAGACCAUCACAACACAGGGGCAAAAUAACCAGUUCACCGUUUUUCGCCGUCUGAAAGAGAUGUCAACAGCCAUCAUGUCCGAACUGACAGACGCUCACUCGUGACUACUUAUCCCUGCGUCCUAAGAGGCUGGCAGUAGGUCUGGGGGAAAGUCUCACCUUUUACAUUCCGGGAUCGCUGAGUAAUUUAACCCCGAAACUAUGAGCGGUCCAACCAACGAGCCGCAGACCAUGCUGUGCUACCAGAGUCCAGGUGAAGAGGUGGUGGUGGACCAGGGAGGAACCAGCUCAGUGAUGAACAUUCACUAUGAAAAGGAGGAACUAGAAGGCCACAGGACUCUGUUUGUGGGGGUUCGGAUGCCCAGGCAGAGCCAUCGCCACCACAGGCCCCAUGGAUCCCGCCACCGCAAGAGAGACAAGAGAUCAGAAAGCAUCGUAACACAACAAAGCGAGGAUUACGACACGACCGCCUGCAGUCAUGAUACACCCUCCCAGCGGGUUCAGUUCAUCCUUGGUACAGAGGAGGACGCUGAACAUGUGUCCCACGAAUUGUUCACUGAGCUGGAUGAGAUCUGUGUGAAAGAGGGCAAGGAUGCAGAGUGGAAAGAAACAGCCAGAUGGCUGAAGUUUGAGGAGGAUGUGGAAGACGGUGGGGAGAGAUGGAGCAAGCCUUACGUUGCUACACUUUCCCUGCACAGCUUGUUUGAGCUCCGCAGCUGCAUUAUAAAUGGCAGCGUUCUGCUCGACAUGCAUGCUGACAGCAUUGAAGAAAUAGCAGAUAUGGUGCUGGACCAUCAGGAAGCAUCACACGAGUUGGAUGACAGUGUGAGAGUGAGGGUGCGUGAAGCCCUGCUGAAACGCCACCACCACCAGAAUGAAAAGAAGAAGAACCUGAUUCCCAUCGUACGCUCCAUCACAGAGGGGGCGCGCAAACAGUCGGAGCCUCAUGUUAUUGGGUCAGCCACAUCUCCCCAGCCUCCUCCAGCCAAUGAGUCCUCCAAAAAUGUAGCCGGACAAGACAGCAAUCAAGUGGACCUCAGUAAGGUCGACAUGCAUUUCAUGAAAAAGAUUCCUGAGGGUGCAGAGGCUUCGAAUGUGCUGGUAGGAGUCCUGGACUUUCUGGAAAGACCUAUUGUGGCGUUUGUCCGCCUUUCCCCUGCCGUGCUGCUCUCUGGACUCACUGAGGUCCCCAUACCCACCAGGUUCCUCUUCAUUCUUCUGGGUCCAGAUGGAAAGGCUCAGCAAUACCAUGAGAUAGGACGCUCCAUGGCAACUAUCAUGACGGAUGAGAUCUUCCACGAUGUUGCAUACAAGGCAAAGGACAGAGGAGACCUGCUGGCAGGGAUAGAUGAGUUCCUGGAUCAGGUGACAGUCCUUCCACCUGGAGAGUGGGACCCCUCCAUUCGUAUUGAGCCUCCGAAGAGUGUACCCUCUCAGGAGAAGAGGAAGAUGCCGGGAGUCCCUAAUGGCGCAGCCUGCCAAGUGGAGGAGGAGCUGCAUGCAGAACACCACGGGCCAGAGCUGCAGAGAACAGGGAGGUUGUUUGGUGGUCUGGUACUGGACAUAAAGAGGAAAGCACCGUUCUAUCUAAGUGACUACAAAGAUGGCCUGAGCCUCCAGUGUGUGGCCUCUUUUCUUUUCCUUUACUGUGCCUGCAUGUCACCCGUCAUCACCUUUGGGGGACUGCUGGGGGAAGCAACUGAAGGACGCAUUAGUGCCAUAGAGUCCCUGCUUGGUGCAUCUAUGACUGGAGUGGCCUAUUCUCUGUUUGCUGGUCAGCCUCUCACCAUUCUGGGCAGCACGGGCCCCGUACUGGUUUUUGAGAAAAUCCUCUUCAAAUUCUGCAAGGACUACGACCUGUCUUAUCUUUCCUUGCGGACAUGCAUAGGCUUGUGGACUGCCCUGCUGUGUUUGCUGUUGGUUGCUACAGACGCCAGCUCUUUGGUGUGCUACAUCACUCGGUUCACAGAGGAAGCCUUUGCAGCCCUCAUCUGCCUCAUCUUUAUCUACGAGGCCUUGGAGAAACUGUUCCACUUGGGAGAACAUUACCCUUUUAACACAAAUAGUGAUCUGGACAAACUCACACUGGCUUACUGUAGGUGUGCAGAGCCUCAUAAAGUCAGCAAUACAACCUUAGAGCUGUGGAGUGAGAGAAACAUCACGGCCUCUGCUGUACCCUGGGCCAACCUUACUGUAAAGGAGUGUAUCAGUCUGCAGGGCCACUUUGUCGGGACAGCAUGUGGACACCAUGGCCCUUAUACUCCAGAUGUUCUAUUCUGGUCUACCAUCUUGUUCUUUUCAACGUUCCUCAUGUCUGCGUCCCUCAAAGAAUUCAAGACCAGUCGUUAUUUUCCCACGAAGGUGCGGUCUAUGAUCAGCGACUUUGCAGUGUUCCUUACCAUCGUCAUCAUGGUCCUGCUCGACUUUGUCAUUGGCGUGCCUUCUCAGAAGUUGCAGGUCCCCAGCAAAUUCCAGCCAACUAGAGAUGAUCGUGGCUGGUUGAUCAAUCCAAUAGGACGCAACCCCUGGUGGACAGCCUUGGCUGCUGCUGUACCUGCUCUUCUCUGCACCAUCCUUAUUUUCAUGGACCAACAGAUAACCGCUGUCAUCAUCAACCGCAAAGAACACAAACUAGUGAAAGGCUGUGGGUACCAUCUGGACCUGCUGAUGGUGGGGGUGAUGCUGGCCGUGUGCUCCAUCAUGGGCUUGCCCUGGUUUGUAGCAGCUACUGUCCUGUCUAUCUCUCAUGUCAAUAGUCUGAAGCUAGAGUCAGAGAGCGCUGCCCCGGGAGAGCAGCCCCGUUUCCUGGGAAUCAGAGAGCAGAGGCUCACUGGCCUGGUUAUCUUCCUGCUCAUGGGCUGCUCUGUAUUCAUGACUGGAGCCCUGCAGUUCAUUCCUAUGCCAGUGCUGUAUGGUGUUUUCCUCUACAUGGGAGUUUCUUCAUUGAAAGGCAUCCAGUUCUUUGACCGGCUGAAACUGUUUGGUAUGCCAGCGAAGCACCAGCCAGAUUUCAUUUAUCUGCGACAUGUCCCCCUGAGGAAGGUGCACCUGUUCACUGUCACCCAGCUCACCUGUCUGGUCUUACUUUGGGUCAUCAAGACUUCACCUGCUGCUAUAGUCUUCCCCAUGAUGGUGCUGGCUCUGGUUUUCAUCCGCAAGCUGCUGGACCUGUGUUUCUCCAAGCGAGAACUAAGCUAUCUGGAUGAUUUGAUGCCUGAGUGGAAGAAGAAAAAUCUUGACGAUGCAACCAAACAGAUGCAAGAGGAAUCCGAGGUUAUGCUCAGUUCAAAAAAGGAAGAUACAACCACUGUUCAGAUUCCCAUGGAGAGCACCAAUCUUACACAGACUCCAAAGCCACAUGACCCCAGGUGUGAUCCCUCUGAAAUUAAUAUAUCUGAUGAAAUGUCUAAAACCACUGUGUGGAAAUCCCUCAACUCCAAUCAAAAGGAUUUUCGUCCUGUGGCUGCUAAAAAGGAUUGAAGAGAUCACAUUCAUUGAUGAGUGAACCAAGUCUACACUUCUGACAGCUCGGCGGUGUCGCCUGACAGCACCUCUGGAACACACGAUGCCACAAUUUGGCUGCUGUAACCAAAUCAAGCCACACCAGUGCUUACAGAUAUGAGUCUAAACUAUUUCCCUCAGUUGCCCAUAAUAGCACAAUCUCAAGGGUGCAAUCCACUCACAAAAACAAUGCACUUGAGCUGUUGUGAGUUCUGUACAUAAAAAACUAUAUUUCAAAUCUUAUUUCCCCAAACAAAAGCUCUGAAACUGCUUUAAAAGAAAAACAUAGCAGCAUAGCAGAACAAAGAGUUGGCAACUGCUGCAGAAAUGCGCUUUUCCACUCUGUUCUUGUAGAUGUGAUUAAAACAUUAUAUGUUUUUCCAAAUAUUUUAAGUAUUUUCCAGCCUAGACGUGUCACAGAGAAGUCAUUCUGGCCAUAUUUAGAGCACUAGUCACAAUAUCUACUCGGUCAGUCUUUGUUGUAGGUUUGGUCUGUCCAGCAGGCAGCUUUCUCUUGCGCUACCAAGAAUGGCUUUGACAGGUAUUUGUAUUUCAUCAUCGUCUCACUGAAGUCCAGCUAGCCCAGCUUUGUUCAAAUAAUAAACUGGGACAGGGCAGGACAAUGCACAGUGCAGGGAUGAUGCUAUAUUAACCUGUAAAGAUCAUUUAAAGUUUCACCCUUGCGUGUGUGUUUAUAGGACAACUAGGACCAUGAACUUACAAGGGUUUACAGAAAAUAACUGGCUUUCCAGUUUAUUUGUUUUUACAAACAUGUUUUCUCUGAUAACUUCAUUUGGGAGGAACAGACUGAGGUCUAAAUGUUUCACCACCGACGAUCACAUGCUCAAAAAAAAGAAAAGCUGAUGAAUGUAAAGGUAGGGGUAAAGGAGGCAAUUGUCACUUUUGUGAACCUAGAAAAGCACAUGAUUCAUAACAGACUUUGCUGUCUAAUAAAAACUGGAUGUUAAGGCAGAGAAUCUGAUACAAAGCUUCUGCUUUGACAUAAUUUGAUUAGUAUAGUAACAUCACUGGUAUGAGCAGCGGUGGAUGGAGCAUAAUCCAGCUCUCUCCCAUGACUCCUAUUGGUGUUUGACCCCAUCUACUUAGUGACGCAGAAUUAUGUAACACAGCUAAUUUGAGGAAUUUUUCCAGGUUUUCUUUGACUACAUGAAAAAUCAGUGGCAUGAUGUAGCCAAAGGAUCGGUAGUGUCUCCAAAUUCAGAGGUUCCGUGUUUAUCACAGCAGCCAAAACACAUUUAUUUAUUUGCAUCCUUUUUUUAAAUGUCAUUUUGAGUUUAUAUAAGCAAACUGAAUGCUUUUUCUGCACAGGAAACAGCUGAGCACAUCUUUACUGCAGUGAAGUCAAACCUCUCACUUUGUGAAUGUAUUUUGUUGUUUUAGUUUUUAGAUCAUAUUUAGAAAAAUGAAACUCUUGACCAUAACAUUUUGAACCAGUCACUGUUACUAUCAGUGAUGUACGCCUCCUCACACUACCACCUAAUGGUUAGCCUAUUUGUAGAAGUUCUGGCUCUCAUAUUGGAAUGAGUUCUGAUUGGUUAGCUCGCUUUGUAAAGAAUUGUCAUAAAGUUUGAAUUAGAUUCAGAAAACAUGACCUGGACAAAUUCUGGAACUGGAUAUUAACAAGUAACUACCAAAGACCUCUGCACCACAUAUAUUAGCUUGUUUUUUUAAUAGAAAACAAUACUAUGAAAGCAGUGACAACUGACUAAAAAGGAAUGGAAUUAGAUUAAUAAGCCAUGUAGCUUCGUUAAAAAAAUUCUACUUCCAGUUUAACUUUAUAAUGGGCUGUAAAUGCUCCUUUUAAACAAAGCAGAUUAAUUUUUUAACCUGUGUAGAUCUAUCAGUCCCUAUUCCUAAAAUAUUUUAUUUAUUCAGUGUCCUAAUCAUUUUCUAGAAAUUUUAUUUUAUUAAUGGGGAUGAGAUGAUUUAUUAUCUAGUAUAUUUUAAAAACAUGUUUCAACUCCAGUAGCAGAGACACUACCCCUAGUCAGUUUUGUGCGUGUUGUAAACCUAGAAGUGUAAAGUGCUCCGAUUUCCACUUCUCUAGCAAGAUAUUUUGUUUGUUUUUGAAUCAAUGAUUGUGUUGGAUGGAGAUUGUUCUGCCAAGUCUGUCAAGUGUUUCUUAUUUCUUUACCUCAAAUAAGUUGAAUGCUCCUGCAAGGCACUUUGGAUGAUUUCAGGGUUAGGAAGAGAACCAGAGCAGAGAAAUGGUUUGUGCUUGAGUCAGUGUUUGCCCCUGUGUUUUAAAACAAUGGUCAUUUUGGGGGAGGCUCAGGAUUUUUGUAAGCAAUAACAAACAGCUUUUUUUGUUUUAUAAUUAAAAAAGGCAACUUUUAGAAGUCACAGCCUUUUAUAUAGCAGUGUAAUCUUCUUUAUCCAUUUUUGGUGGAAACUGAAGCCAAAUGAAUAACACAAAACAAACAAAUGGUUUGAUUGCAUGCACCAACAAGCUCAUUUGCAGCACACAAAUGGAAAGGCUUCACAUUGGAUAAAUAAGGUUCCACUGCAGUGUACUCCCCCUGUUUCAUAAUCACAUUCACAUGUGAUUUGAUUUGUGUUUCAUUUAUAACCUCAGGGUAAGACAACCCUGUUUUAGCUUCACGUGGUGACUCAGAUCUAAGCGUGGAGAUGAAGGGAAACAGCAUGAUUAUGGAUUGAUAGAAUGAUUUCAAUAACCCUUAAUUUGCAAACAGCACUUUCUGUAGAUAAUGAAGUUGUGGCAAAUUUUAUUUUCCAAAGCCCUUUUAGGUUAUUAGAUUAUCUUUAUUUAUUUAAUUAUAUUUGAGUGUAAUAGAAAAUGUCCUCCUUAUUUCUGUAUAUACUGUAAGAUGAGAAAAACGCAGAGGAAUGCAGCAUAUGACUCAUGCUUCUAUGAAUGGACAAGAAUAAAACCCCUGAUGGGUUUUGGAGAGCAAAGAUUUCUGCCGGUAGACAUGAGGAGUUUGUCAAUGAAACUGUAGCUGUCGCACAUUUUUAUUUCUGGUGCAGUGACCUUUAAAACAAUGAUUGAUUGAUAUUUAAUUGGCAGCAAAAGCAAACAAACUACAACAGUUGGCAGUUACAAAUGAGGACAUCACAGACUAAAUCAGGGAUGUUGUCAGUCUAGUAAAAUGCAAUAAUGUUUGAAAAAUGCCACUGAAUGUAAUGUCUUUGAAUUUAUAAAUCAGUCUUUAGAUAUAUUAUAUAAUUAUGGAUCCAUUCAUCAAGUUGUAUUUAGUUUCUCUUAACUGUAUAAUCUAAAUAAAUGUCAAUUAAUACAUUGUUUUAAAGUCACUUUAAAGGAAUUUUCCUCCAAAUUGCACACCUCUUCUGUCUUCUGCACAAGUAAAGAGAUUCAGUUAGUGCAUUAAUACCACAUGCAGUUAUACAUCUUUAAUGGCAUGUGUGGAAGGUUUUCACAUUGUCUUGAUGUAAUUCUGCUUCGAUUCUGUCAGACCUCUGAAUAUGAAUUCUCUAUUCUUCUUAGGACCCAUAACUGACUUACUGAACAGCGUGGGAAAAACAUACUGUUUCACUGUGUAAAUACAUGUACAAUAUAAAAAGUGAAAUAUUGGGGGGGAAAAUGAACAUAGGUAUGCAUCUAGAAUUUAAAGAUUAUAUACGUGCUAUAGCAACAUAGUCUGACUAUGAACAAUUGACAAAAAUCAUUUCAUUGAAAAUUGUGUGUUUUAAGCUUAGCUCUUAACCCAUUAAUGUGUAUGUGAAUGUAUGGUAAAUAUGCAGUUAAAUGCCUUCAGAAUAUGAUAGUUUAAUGACAUAUACAGUACAUGUGACCGAGAGAGAUCAUGCAUUGUGAUGUUCGUAUAAUUCUAUUUACAGUUCAUGUGUGCCUGUCAUAAGACCAUGCUGUGUUUACAUCCAACUCAACGCAGACCUUUCCAGAGUGGGAUAUAUAUGUUAUCAAAACACAUUGUUUCUUGGUCCCAUCUUUGAGGAUUGUACCAAAUCCUUAUUUCUGUUUUCCUACCAAAUUUAUGUGUAAACGGAAGUAAAAUAUGUGCACUGUGUCAAUGUGUUAGAGACUAUCCUGCAGAUGAAUACAGUGUAUCAUUAAAUCUGUGAAAGUGAAGGAUGACAGCAUGAGAGGAUGGAGUGAAGAGGCCUUCAGGGAAAGGGGCAACUGUACUGCAGUAACUUUGAUAGUAGUCUUAUUGGAGCCAUAGCGUGAUGCCUUGUCUUUUCAACUACUGAACAGAUAUUCCUCAGUAAAAUGAUUAUAUAUGUUUUAUAUGUAUAUGUAAUUUAAUUUUUGAUUAUGGCAAAAUGGAAAAUAAAUCAAUAUACUUGCAAUGGGAAUAAAA